CAAACGAAGUUCAUCCAGCUAAUUUCGUGGGGUUAUGUCGAUUGGUGUAAAAUCUAAUUACUGCAUCACGUUUGUAAUGUUUGUAUUUUGUAAUCCCGCGGGAUCAUCAUUAUUGUGAUUUUUAAUUGUAUAUUAUUACAUAAAAACUAGUAUGCUAUUGCCCUAAAGUAUCAAUCAAAUCAAAAUUCAUCAGUUGGUUGUAAAAAAUGACUAUCUGUGAAAAAUGAAAUCAGUUAGCGUAUCCAGUAUGCACUAUUGUAACAAAGUAAAGCAUCUGAUCCACCGCUUCGAGCAUAUCCGGUGUUACACAUCUCCGGCAAGGCGCACUGUUCUUCGGCAAGAUCGAAGCAAAAUAACAACUCAUGAAUACCCUAUCGCAAAACCAACGGAUACUCGGGUGUACGUUUGGGGUAUGGCCGCCACCGGAGCCCUGGGGAUGCAAACCUCGGUCAAGAAGCAAGCCAAACCGUACACGGACUUUAUUCAGCAUCCGAGUCGGUUGAACUUUGCCGAGAAUCGUGAUAUACUCGAUGUCGCAGCCGGUUAUGGGUUCUCGGUUUUCGCAGCCAAAUGCCGCAACGGUCGCAGUCUGUGGGGUACCGGUAUAAACACCGACUCACAGAUUGGCUACCACAAAUUAGGCGGUCAGCAGAGAAAACCAUUCGAGCUGUUGAUUUAUCCGGCUCCGGUCGAGCUGGUGUCGGUGGAAGGUAACAACAGUGCGGUGGAGAUUGUUAAAGUGGCCGCAGGUAGAGCGCAUCAGUUGGCACUGGCCGUGGACGGAACGGUGUUCGCAUUGGGAAGCAAUGCCUAUGGCCAGUGUGGCCGGGAGAUAAUGAAGGAUGAAGAUUACUUCCACAAACCGGUGAUAAACAAAAUCAGACAGCUGGGAGGACCGGCAGAUCCGGUGAAGGAUGUCGAUUGCGGUCAGGAUCAUAGUUUUUUUCUGACUGAAUCGGGGAAGCUUUACUCCUGUGGUUGGAGUGACGAUGGUCAAACUGGGCAGGGGAAAUUUGGUCUGAUAAGCACUCCUGCACUGGUUGGAGGGGAUUUGCAGGGUGAGAGAAUAUUCAAAGUGACCGGUUCGUCGGAUACGGUUCUAGCGCUCAAUGACAAAGGUGAAGUGUUCGGUUGGGGAAACACCGAAUACGGUCAGUUAAUUUCGGACAGUGAUGAUAAUCCGCAAAUCAAUUCUCCACGUCAUUUAUCAUUUCUAAAGGAUUGUGGUAAGAUUGUCGAUAUUGCCGCUGGUGGAUCGUACUGCCUGGCGCUGAACGACAGUGGUGACGUCUUCUCGUGGGGCUACGGUAUCCUGGGUUUUGGUCCCGAAGUUACGCACCAGCCACGACCUGCGUUGAUUCCACCGGCACUGUUUGGUCGAAAUGAUUUCAAUCCGACAAGCCGUGUGCGGGCAAUUUUCGCCGGCGUAACGCACAGUGGAGCGAUUAACGAUCAAGAUGAUCUGUACAUGUGGGGCCACAAUCGGUACGGCUGUUUGGGUUUCGGUCAUAAAAAGGAUCAAUAUUUCCCGCUUAAGGUUGCCGUUAGUGCGCGGGUGAUGAAGAUUAGCUGCGGCGUGGACCAUACACUGGCGCUGUGUAAGGCGUUCGUUUAGGGUUUGUAAGUAUAUAGGGCAAAUUGGAACAAUG